AUGUCGCGGUCCAACAUGAGCAGUCCCCGUGGUUCGACGCACGGCCAGCCCGAGUCGGGGGGGUUCAGAUUGCACGAAGCGGAGGCGCCGGCGCAGAAGCGUCCCUCGCUGAUGGUAGAAGGAAAGCCACACUCGCGGAAACUCAGCGUUGGUUUUGCCGACUCAUUUGAACCCACGCAUGAGUUGAAGGAGCAACAAGACUCUCGCAGAAGACGAAUCCCAUCCCACGAAUCCAAUGUGGCCUCUCGCACGGCUUCGAUUUCGAGUGCCGGGAACCCGUCAAGAAACGGCAGCGCAGGUUUUAGUUUCGUCCGAAGGCUUACCUCAUAUCUCUACGGCAUUCCAUUGGGAUUCUUCCAGAGCCGCGCUGAAUUGCGGACAUGGGGGGAGGAGAAGUUGACUGACCCCUCCGUGCAGCCGUACUCGCAGCGUCCUAUGAUAACUCCAUUUCAUCAAACACUUCCAGGAUAUGGCAAGGAUGCGGUCAUGCCAUUGAGAAGGGAACUGAUGGGGAAACAGCCAGGUCCAUUCUACACACUGGCACCCAAAGGUGGCUUUGUUUACAAUCCGCACCACCCGAAUAUGGACUUCUCCAGAGUACAAAUUGAGUAUCCAACACGCACUGGCGAUUUCAAGCCCCCUAUGUAUGAGUGGACGUCCAUGCCUGAAUUUAAAAUGACGGAUCGUCCCUACACGAGCGCACGAUUGCUGCCAGCAAAUCCUGCCACAAUGUAUGUUUCGGGAAAUUACAUGACUGCCUACCCGUAUGGAGUUCCAGCAGUGGAGGAAAAUGAGGGAGGCGUGCGCGUGCCUCCAAGUUCACGUCGGUGCCGAUUCCUUUGCUAA